AUGGCUUUGAACCAGGAAAUGGCUUGCGUUUAUGCUGCGCUCAUCCUUCAAGACGAUGAAGUCGCUAUUACCGGAGACAAGAUCGCAACUCUCCUCAAGGCUGCCCACGUUGAAUUUGAGCCUUUCUGGCCCGGACUUUUCGCCAAGGCUGUUGAAGGAAUUGACAUCAAGACCAUAUUUAUGUUACUACCAACCUCUUUUAAGAACUUGAUCACCUCCGUCUCAUCCGGAGCUGGAUCAGCCCCUGCUGCUCCAUCAGCUGCUGGUGAAGCAGCUCCAGCUGGAGGUGCCGCCCCUGCCCCAGCUGCCGAGACUAAGAAGAAGGAGGAGCCUAAGGAGGAGUCCGAUGAUGACAUGGGAUUCGGUCUGUUCGACUAA